AUGCAUUCGAAAUUUAUAAGAAUUUUGGUGUUUUUCGGUUGCUUAACAAUCAUUUCAUCGCAGUUAUUUUGUUCAGAUUUGCUGAAGCGAAACCAUACAAAAUUUCAUCCCGUACGCCACUGUCAACGUUCGAAUAAGACUCGAAUUGCUGCCAAAAAUGUGGCCAAUCUCAAUAAGUGUAUACAAUUCGCUGAACAUAAUCAAGCGUUGGCAUUCAAUUUUGGACACGGUAAACGACCACGGAAGAAGGGCGACCAAGUUGGCGAUUUACUGAAUUUAUUCGAUGUAAAGCGGGCGAAAGAAGAGAAUAAGACAAAAAUUGAAAAAGAUUUGCAUGCAUUGGAAGAAAAUACAGACCCAUAUUUCGAUUGCGAAGUAUUAAGUUGCCCAGAGGUUGGAAACAUGUCAUCACUGAUUAAUGAUACACGAUUUGAUUAUUAUACGCUAUAUGGUUACGCACCGGAAAACUCGACUUGUUUCCCAUCGGUUGGAUUGUUUAUGUAUUAUUAUGACGAGCGAAUGAAUUACACUGAGGCGACCAGUACAUGUGAAGGUCAUCGAGGCUAUUUGGCACGAAUUGUAAGUGACAUUCGAACCAAUUUCAUAUCAUUCAUGAUACAGCAACAGAUAUUCGAUAUAAACAAAGCGACAGUUGGAAUUCUGCAAAGUACAUUUAAUGAAAGUGUUAAUGUUCCAUUGGAAAUUCCAAUAAAACACGCUUUUAUUGGCUUGAAAGAGCUUCGACGCAAGGGAAAUUUCGUUGACUCACUUGACAUUCCAUUGAAGUGCUUUCUUUAUAGGGCAUGGGCUCCAAAGUAUCCAAGUGAAGAGUCGCGUCCGGGAUGUGUUGCAAUCACAGCUUCUCGGUCAUGGAAAAUGUUUGAUUGUCGAAAACGGGCACCAUUCAUCUGUGAAUUGAAACCGACCAAACCGCGUCGAAUAAAUCGCCGAAAAUUCAAUCGACGUUGUUCAUUGAAAAGAUCAAAUAAUUAACGAUAACUUUCAAACGAUGUUUUUACAACAAAAUUUG